AUGUCUCAGAAGCAGAAUGAAGGCUCAAAACAAGACCUGAGUGGUCUGAUCAACAAACAUCUGCUCUACACCUACGACAAUGGAUGGAAGUACGAGAGCGUGAGCGGUAGGAGGAGCAAAAGCAGUCAAGGUCAGCGCGUUCGACUGUCGAGUGUGCUGACGUAAACAUUGAUUGUAUCGUGUAGUGGAUCAAAAGCCCGACGAGGAUCGUGUAUAAGAUUCACGGAGGUGGGCAUCUGACUCGGCUUUGCGCCAAGCAGAGCUUCUGAUCCUCACCCUUUUCGAUCUUCGCAGGACCCAUGGGCGGUAGGGACAAUUAUCAGACCAUCUCGUGUCGCGUCGUCCGAGAGCCUUCGAAGGAGACUGGAGAGCAAGGUGUCUAUCUCAUUUCCUGGCUCGAAGAGACAGGCACAGUCGUUUCGAUGACCAUCGACUUUACCAACAACAAAGUCAACUCCUUCAUCUGCUUUUCCAAAGGUCACUGGGAGAAUGUGAGUCGUUUUGACGUUCCACAUGGAGAUCUCCAACGCCACAUGAGCUGCGGAGACGGGCUGACCUAGUUUGGAGGUCAUCUGACUCCUGCUGUACACCUUCAGCCACAAAUCGCACACGGACACUACAAGAAGGAACAAUGGCGCCAGCUGGCCAAGGUUCCAGGCGGGGAAUCCAUAACCACAGAUCGCACCAUCAUCAGCGAGAGCGCAACUCUUUCGGAGGUGACAGAGUGAGUCGUGCUCCGUCUUCGCGACUUAUCAGAAGCAAUUGCUUACCUCUACUCAUUUUUUGAAAAGGGGACGAGGUGAACUCGAGGACGUCGCAGAGGAUGCGCCCACCUUGUGA